CGACGACCUUACGGCAGUGGCACACGAGCUGCCGCCUCGAAAGGUGGUCGCGAUCGGCAUACAAAACAGGAAUACGCGAGUUUCACCAUCCUUUUUCACAGUCCACUUAAUAUUUGCAACGGUGAUACACGGUGCCAGUGUUUCGUGAUCGAAUCGCCAACAGUUGACUCUUCGAAACUCCGCUUCGGAGAUCGGUUCCUCGAACCCGCGAAUUCACUGCCGAUACAAAUUCAAAACAGAGCCAAAUUUAUAUCGAUAUUCGUGAAAUUUUUAAUUUAAAAAUCAAUAUAAUGAACAAGGAACGAUCAUUAAUUUAACUAAGAAAUUGAUUUUGUGUUUUAAGUGUUUAGAAAGUAUCGAACUGAUUUAUUUCAAAUUAGAGAUUGAGGAAGAAAAGUGAAAAGUUCCCAUUGUCGUUCGUACUUUUUCUUUCUAGUUGUUUCUAACGGUCUGUGCUCGAUUUAAUCCUCCUAAGCAGGGCGUGAAGUUUAAACACCGGCUUUCAAGAUUACGAUAAAAACUUUCAAUAAUGAUCGCACAUCUGUUAUUCACGGUUUUCCUCGUAAGUCACGUUUACGCCCGUGACGUUGAUUUCUGUUUCGUCGACGAGGACGACCCAUAUUUGUACAUGGCCACCAAGACUGCCUAUCAUUUUGUCCAUGCUGGUAAAACCAGAUUUCAAGACGUGCCUAAUUGCCGUGCGGAACAAGUUUGGAUGCUUGCCGCACAUGGUACCCGAUGUCCAUCGCAAGCAGAGAUCAGCCAAAUGCUGACAUUAACAGAGCUGCAAACCCAGAUAAUUAAUAAUCACGAAUCACGAAACGACGGGCACAUGUGUAAUAGAGAUUUAGAAAAUCUGAAGAGAUGGAAACCAGAUGCGUACCUUGUAAUCGAACGAGCGGAAGUUUUGACACCGCAAGGUGUCGAAGAUAUGAGAUUGCUAGCAAGAAGAUUGCAAAGCAAUUUUCCUCAGCUUCUGCAAUCGGGCAACGAUAAUAUAACUUCGCAAAAUUAUAUGUUUAGAACAACCGAUGCACGUGACAGCAUGGGGUCGUUCAUAGAGGGGCUGUUUGGAAACAGAAACGCUGUAGAUGCAGAAGAAGUUCCUAUAAAUGAUACUCUGCUAACGCCUUAUAAAAGCUGUAAUAUAUGGAACAAUGAAAGUAGCAGUAUUUCUAUGGAGGAAGUGAGCAGAUUCGACGAAGGGCCAGAAUUUCAGAAUCUCUUGUUAAAUGUUAGUCAACGUCUUGGAUUUUUGUAUAACAUUUCCAAAGAGUCAAUCUUAACGAUGUACAAUAUGUGUCGUUACGAAAAGGCUUGGACAGUGACGAAACUUUCUCCAUGGUGCGCGGUCUUCAGCAAAGAAGAGCUUCGUGUACUGGAAUAUCGCGAGGAUCUCUACUACUAUUACAAAGCCGGAUAUGGACGUGAAAUCAAUGCUCAGCUAGGAUGUACUCUUUUGCAAGACAUGAUGAAUCACUUUUGGAAAGUGGAGCAGGAUAAAGAGUCGAUGGAACCGAAUGGAAUAUUUUACUUCAGCGACAUCAUCAGUUUGCAAAAUCUUCUGACUACAUUGGGCAUAAAUAAAGAUCAAAUGAAGCCAACUGCUUUUAAUUACAAGGAUAUGGCGAAACGACAAUGGAGAACAUCCUUUAUUUCACCCUUCGCUGCAAAUCUCGUCGCUGUGUUUUACAAAUGCGACGGCAACACUCAACCAAACAAAGUAAUGUUUUACUUGGCCGAGAAGCUGGUCAUGUUAGACGGAUGUGACGUAGGCCUUUGCGAUUGGGAAUAUUUCAAGCAAAAAUUCAACCCGAUCAUAAAUCGUUGCAAUCUCAACGUCUGUUGGAACGGAAGUGGGGUCACCACUUUCCUUCCCAAUCUUAUCCUAAUUCUUCUCUCAUGCUUUUCUCUAGUCUUUGUUAGAAAUUAGAAUACGUACGUGUUCCGUUCGUAAAUCGCGAACAAUGCAUAAUUAAAUUUAAUCAACACACAUAUAAAUGAAAUUAUUCGUACAAUUAUUUAAUUAAAGUAGCUCGAUAAAAAAAAAGCUGGAACAUUCCGCUGUGCUUUUUGAAACGCCAAAAAAAAAAUGGGUAUAUAGAUAUAUUUAAUAUUUUUAUUCCUAUCUUAUCGCUGUGUACGUUAUUUGUAAUAUGCAUUUAUUGUUGUGUUUAUUUGUCAUCUUCAUUUGUUUAUAUGUCACAGAUAUAAUAUUCGUGCGAGGUGAUAUUAUUUAUGACAUCUAACAUUCUAACAACGUCCGUCCUAUUUAUCAGAUAUUCGCAACAAAUUGUAAUGCACAAUUGUUGUUAUAUCGUUGCUUGAAAAUAUACUUUCGAAUCUUCUAAGUGUCGUAAGGUCAACAUACUUGUAUACGCUUAAUAAAUGUAAAGAUUUGAAUAUUAAGUUUUAA